AUGCCACUGCCCCGCGGGUGCCUCAAUGGCAGGAUCAUGAAGUGUUUGACUUUCUUUCUUCUGCUUCCAGAGACCUUAAAGAAGUCCAAAAAGAGCGUGAAGUCAAACGGCAAGGUGCCAGCAUGCUAUGAGAUAGUGCCGCUGGCCCUCAAGAGGAAGAUGGCUGCAGAACUUUACCCUGCCAGCGGACCCGGCCUCUUCCUCCCCCUCCGAACUUGCAGGAACGCGCUGAUGUUCAAUAACGAGCUCAUGGCUGACGUUCACUUCAUCGUGGGCCCGCCGGGGGCAUCCAAGAAAGUUCCUGCCCAUAAGUACGUCUUGGCAGUUGGUAGCUCCGUCUUCUAUGCUAUGUUUUACGGUGAUCUUGCAGAGGUCAAAUCUGAAAUCCAUAUACCAGAUGUGGAACCUGCAGCCUUUCUAAUCCUAUUAAAAUACAUGUAUAGUGAUGAGAUUGACCUGGAAGCUGACACGGUUCUGGCUACGUUGUAUGCUGCCAAGAAGUACAUUGUGCCGGCCCUGGCGAAGGCUUGCGUCAAUUUUCUGGAGACGAGCUUGGAGGCGAAGAACGCGUGCGUCCUGCUGUCUCAGAGCAGGCUCUUCGAGGAGCCAGAACUGACGCAGCGCUGCUGGGAAGUGAUUGAUGCCCAAGCAGAAAUGGCCCUCAAGUCGGAAGGCUUCUGCGAGAUCGAUCAGCAGACGCUGGAGAUCAUCGUAACCCGGGAGGCGCUCAACACCAAGGAGGUGGUGGUUUUUGAGGCUGUCCUCAACUGGGCAGAGGCUGAAUGUAAAAGGCAGGGGCUGCCGGCCACACCGCGGAACAAGAGGAGCGUGCUGGGCAAAGCUCUGUACUUGGUGCGGAUUCCAACUAUGACUUUGGAGGAGUUUGCCAACGGAGCGGCCCAGUCCGACAUCCUCACCCUUGAGGAGACUCACAAUAUAUUCCUAUGGUACACGGCUGCAAAUAAACCCAAACUGGAGUUCCCGCUGACCAAAAGGAAAGGACUUGUACCCCAGCGAUGCCACCGCUUUCAGUCGUCCGCGUAUCGCAGUAACCAGUGGAGGUACCGAGGGCGCUGUGACAGUAUUCAGUUUGCCGUAGACAAACGGAUAUUUAUAGCAGGACUGGGUUUGUACGGGUCAAGCUGUGGCAAGGCUGAAUACAGUGUCAAAAUUGAACUGAAACGCUUAGGAGUGGUCCUUGCACAAAACCUGACCAAGUUUACCUCUGACGGAUCCAGUAACACUUUCUCUGUAUGGUUUGAACACCCUGUGCAGGUCGAGCAAGAUACUUUUUACAAUGUAAGUGCUAUUCUCGAUGGCAAUGAACUCAGUUACUUUGGGCAAGAGGGAAUGACUGAGGUGCAAUGUGGCAAAGUGACAUUCCAGUUCCAGUGCUCCUCGGACAGUACGAACGGGACUGGAGUACAAGGAGGACAGAUACCUGAGCUCAUCUUCUAUGCAUGAUGCAUUUCACUCUGUUUUCCAAUACUGCUAUGCGCACUAAGGGAUUUUUCAGUUUUACUACAGAACUCUCCAGCAGUAUGGAAUGUUAUGCUACUUACCUAUCUACUACAUCAGGCUAUCAAAUAAGUGAAGGAAUGCUCUUGAAUUUAAUCUUAUUUUAUUUAUUCAUAAGCUAUUUGACUUAAUUAUUAAGACUGCAACAAGCAGAAGAAAUGUAAAGUUUUGCACGUACUGUGCAUUUAUUUUGUAUAUAGAUAACUAACUUGCAGACUGCAGCUGACUUAAACAGAAUGUUCUAAACUAGAGCAGUUUAUGAAUCUGUGAAAUAUAAAACAUUUUUACUUGCCCUAAA